GUGUUAAGGAUGCUUUCUAAGCGCGCGAUGUGCUUUUGAUGUGCUGCGUCUAUAAAACGCUUUUUAUUGUGCAGCGAUUGACCGGAACGAAAGGCACACAGAAACCGGUUCCUCUGAACGGUUCCUUUCGGGAAGGGUAUCGCUUUCGAUGGAAAAAGAAAAACCUGAAGAAUCGACAUUGAGCAUUAAACCAGAAGCAGCUGAUGUGAGCGAUACGGUGAAGGAACCACCAGCAGCGGAACCAGUUAAAAAUGAGGAAAAAGUUCCCGAUCCGAUUCCGAAUGCGGUCCCUUCCGGUAGUGGAACCAAGGCACCGACAGCGAAACAGUCGACACCGAAAACCACAAAAAAAAAACGGCAAAAACCACCGAAGGACGCAAACGCUCCGAAACAUCCGCUUACUGGCUAUGUUCGUUACAUGAACGAGAAUCGGGAAAGUGUGCGGCAAAAAAAUCCAACUCUAACGCCCAUUGAGAUUACGAAAAUUAUGGCAGAAGAAUGGUCCAAGUUGCCGGAAGAUCGAAAGAAACCAUACCUAGAAGCGGCCGAAGUGGACAAGGAACGGUACAACAAGGAGAUAUCGGAAUACAAACUGAACAAUGAGGCGAAAGCUAAAGCAUUGCAGAACGAGGCACAAGUAGCGAAGAAGGAAGUAGCGGAACCCAAAGUAACCAUACCGGCCAUUCCGUAUGUUAAUGGGAAAGUGGAGCCGAAAGUGUCACGCCAAGGGGAUUAUGAUAUACCCAUUUUUACUGAAGAUUUUCUUGACCAUAACAAAGUCGUCGAUUCGGAGUUGCGUACGUUACGCAAAUCGAACAUAGAUUAUGAGCAACAGAACUCCGUGCUGGAGAAGCACGUUGAAAACAUGGAAAAUGGUAUUCUAAAGCUGGACAGUGAAACGAGCAGUCUAGAUGCGCGGAAUGUCGUGCUGGAGAGCUAUCUACUAAAGUUGCGCACCACACUGGCUAGUGCUCUGCAGGGAUUGCCCAUCUCCAGCGAUUGUCCCGGUGCUACAGUAGACAAUAUUGAUCAGUAUUUGGAGAAUUUGCAUCAGAUGGCAGACUCUAGCACGCAAGGUCACACAUUGAACAAAGCGAAAGACAUUAUUCGUAAGUUAGAUCUACAGAACCUCACGCUUUAAGGAGCAAUAAUGCAGAAGGAUGUGGUGGAUGCCAAGAGCUGACAAUCCGGUCUCAUUUCUCUCUAGUCCAGUUAGCAUCCGAAAGUAUCCGGCCCAAGUCCGUUUACAUGUAAAUUAAGCACCGGAACACGAAUUUCUAGGUUUUACUUGACUGUUGCAUAAUGUAUUUCACCAUCGGGUGCACUUCACGAAGUAAUCCUAUAACC